GCCCCUAGAUAUAGGCAGCAUUCCUUGCAGCUUCCCCUGCUGAAGUGAGUUGCCGCUCCUCCAAGCUGGGUGAGACAGUUACCCCGUUUCUGAGUGUCCCCAGGGAGGACAACAAAGUGCAGGAAGGUUUUCAUUCCUGGCGAAGAAGCCCUGCGGAACUGUGGUAUUCCGGAACUGGAUUGUUGCUUCCCGGCGGAACUCUAAGAGUGAACACCCCGGGGCAAGAUGGCGGUCGGGCCUCGGCUGCUGCCCGGGGUCUGGCAGCUAUCUGGGGUAUUGGGCUGAGGCGGCGGUAGCUGUGGCCCCGACCACGAGCGCUGGGGCCUCGAACGGAUAAAGGUCUACAUCCUGCGGGAAAGAGGCCGGGCCGCAGGAGUCACCCAAACCGGAGUUCGAGCACUGUUCAUUUGCUGUGUGACCUUGGACAAGUUUCUCCAAGCUGAGAAGCUACCCAGCGCUGAGCUAUAUGCAAGAUCACUAAUGAUUACCUGGCAUUUCUGCAACACGGGCAGGUCCUCAGGGUUUGUGCGAGUUGGCAAACAUGUUCACUGUUUCUCAAACGUCGAGAGCAUGGUUCAUUGAUAGGGCUCGUCAGGCUCGAGAGGAAAGACUUGUGCAGAAGGAGCGGGAGCGGGCUGCAGUGGAGAUUCAGGCCCAUGUCCGGAGUUUCCUCUGUCGGAGUCGACUGCAGAAGGAGAUCAGGAGAGAGAUCGAUGAGUAUUUUAAAGCAGAUGAAGCUGGGACCAGUAAAAGAAGUGCACUUUCUGUUUUUAAGAUUGCCAGGAAACUGCUGUUCUUGUUCAGAAUUAAAGAAGAUAAUGAGAGAUUUGAGAAGCUGUGUCGCUGCAUCCUGAGUAGCAUGGAUGUUGAGAAUGAAGCCAAGGUGUGGUAUGUGUCCCUCGCUCUUUCCAAGGAUCUCACGCUCCUGUGGAUUAAGCAGAUCAAGGACAUUCUGUGGUAUUGCUGUGAGUUUCUUGAGCAGCUCAAGCCUGAAAUCUUACAAGACUCCAGACUUGUCACAUUGUACCUCACAAUGCUUGUCACCUUCACAGACACUUCAACCUGGAAAAUUCUCCGGGGAAAAGGUGAGAGUCUUCGACCGGCCAUGAAUCACAUUUGUGCCAAUAUAAUGGGACAUCUCAACCAGCAUGGAUUUUACUCUGUGCUACAGAUAUUGUUAACCCGUGGCCUGGCGAGACCUCGGCCUUGUCUGUCCAAAGGCACUUUAACCGCAGCCUUCUCGCUGGCGCUGCGCCCUGUGGUUGCUGCACAAUUUUCAGACAAUCUGAUUCGACCAUUUCUCAUCCACAUCAUGUCCGUGCCUGCUCUUGUGACUCAUCUCAGCACGGUGACCCCUGAGCGCCUCAAUGUUUUAGAAUCUCAUGACAUGCUUCGUAAAUUCAUCACAUUUUUGAGAAAUGAAGAUCGAUGCGGGGAUGUGUGUGAAAGUCUAGAAGGAUGCCACACCCUUUGUCUGAUGGGCAACCUCUUGUCCUUGGGCUCCCUCAGCCCCAGGGUGCUGGAGGAGGAGACAGACGGGUUUGUCAGUCUGCUGACCCAGAUGCUGUGCUACUGCCAGAAGUAUGUGUCCCAGAAGAAAUCCAACCUGACCCACUGGCACCCUGUCCUGGGCUGGUUCUCCCAAUCCGUAGACUAUGGCCUUAACGAGUCGAUGCCCUUGAUCACCAAGCAGCUGCAGUUCCUGUGGGGGGUGCCUCUGAUACGCAUUUUCUUCAGUGACAUCCUGAGCAAGAAGCUGCUGGAGAACCAGGACCCAGCCCACGUGCAGCCCGCGUCCCCGCAGAACGUGCUUCCUGUGAAGAGUCUCCUGAAGCGUGCAUUUCAGAAGUCUGCAUCGGUUCGGCAUAUUCUCAGGCCUGUUGGGGGGAAGCGCGUGGACUCUGCUGAGGUCCAGAAGGUGUGCAACAUCUGUGUCCUCUACCAGACCUCGCUGACCACCCUCACCCAGAUCCGGCUGCAGAUACUGACAGGUCUCACUUACCUGGAUGACCUGCUCCCCAAACUGUGGGCAUUUAUCUGUGAGCUGGGGCCCCAUGGAGGGUUAAAGCUCUUCUUGGAAUGCCUCAACAAUGACACUGACGACUCCAAGCAGCUCUUGGCCAUGCUGAUGCUGUUCUGUGACUGCUCCCGGCACCUUGUCACGAUCCUUGAUGACAUUGAAGUUUAUGAAGAACAAAUUUCAUUCAAACUGGAAGAGUUGGUCACCAUCUCUUCUUUCCUGAAUUCCUUUGUGUUUAAGAUGAUCUGGGAUGGAAUCGUAGAGAACGCCAAGGGCGAGACCCUGGAGCUGUUCCAGUCUGUCCACGGCUGGCUGAUGGUGCUCUACGAGCGGGACUGCCGCCGGCGCUUUGCCCCCGAGGACCACUGGCUGCGAAAAGAUCUGAAACCUAGUGUGCUCUUCCAAGAACUCGACAAGGAUAGGAAACGGGCGCAGCUGGUCCUGCAGUACAUCCCUCACGUCAUUCCUCACAAAAAUAGAGUGCUCCUGUUCCGAAACAUGGUUACCAAGGAGAAGGAGAAACUGGGGCUUGUGGAAACCAGCUCCGCCUCCCCUCACGUCACGCACAUCACCAUCCGCCGGUCCCGGAUGUUGGAGGACGGCUAUGAGCAGCUGCGGCAGCUUUCCCAGCACGCCAUGAAGGGCGUGAUCCGCGUGAAGUUUGUCAAUGACCUCGGAGUGGACGAGGCAGGGAUUGACCAAGAUGGUGUUUUCAAGGAGUUCUUGGAAGAGAUCAUCAAGAGGGUGUUCGACCCGGCACUCAACCUGUUCAAGACAACCAGCGGGGAUGAGAGGCUCUACCCCUCGCCCACCUCCUACAUCCAUGAGAAUUACCUGCAGCUCUUUGAGUUCGUGGGCAAGAUGCUGGGGAAGGCGGUGUACGAGGGCAUCGUGGUGGAUGUGCCCUUCGCCUCCUUCUUCCUGAGCCAGCUGCUCGGGCACCACCACAGUGUCUUCUACAGCUCUGUGGACGAGCUGCCGUCUCUGGACUCAGAGUUCUAUAAGAACCUCACUUCCAUCAAGCGCUAUGAUGGGGACAUCGCCGACCUGGGCCUGACGCUGUCGUAUGAUGAGGACGUCAUGGGCCAGCUUGUUUGCCAUGAACUGAUUCCUGGAGGGAAGACCAUUCCUGUUACAAAUGAAAAUAAAAUUAGCUACAUCCACCUGAUGGCACAUUUUCGAAUGCACACACAAAUAAAAAACCAGACGGCAGCCCUCAUCAGCGGAUUCCGCUCCAUUAUCAAACCCGAGUGGACCCGAAUGUUCUCAACCCCUGAGCUACAGCGGCUCAUCUCCGGUGACAAUGCUGAGAUUGAUCUGGAAGACUUAAAGAAGCACACGGUGUACUACGGCGGUUUCCAUGGAAGUCACAGGGUCAUCAUCUGGCUCUGGGAUAUUCUGGCCUCCGACUUCACGCCCAACGAGAGAGCCAUGUUUCUGAAGUUUGUCACCAGCUGCUCCAGGCCCCCGCUCCUGGGAUUCGCCUACCUCAAGCCUCCCUUCUCCAUCCGCUGUGUUGAAGUGUCGGAUGAUCAGGACACCGGGGACACCCUAGGCAGUGUGCUCCGAGGCUUCUUCACCAUCCGCAAGCGGGAGCCAGGCGGCCGCCUGCCCACCUCCUCCACCUGCUUCAACCUGCUCAAGCUGCCCAACUACAGCAAGAAGAGCGUCCUCCGGGAGAAGCUGCGCUAUGCCAUCAGCAUGAACACGGGCUUCGAGCUCUCCUAGCGCCGCCCCCGCCCGACGCCCUCGCGGACCCCAGGGCCACCUGCGACCUUCCGCUCCAGGCAGCAGCGUGUCUGGGGGCAGGACCCACAGGCAGGUGGCCUCAGCGCCAGGUCCUCUCUAUAGCCAUAGAUCCCCUGUGGCCUCGAGAACUUUGGAUGCUAUGACAACCCUGCACAGCAUUCUCCAGGUGACACUAAUGGGAGGGAGUGUUGAAAAUAAACCUCCAGAUUCCGCCGGCGCUGGUGCUUUGUUCCUACUUCCAGAGGCCAGAGCCCAGGCAGGCCUGUGAUUGCAAAGGGGUUUCUCUUUUGAUCAUUUGGUCUUUUAGCGAGUGUUUGUCUUUUUGACCUUGUGAGUGAGCUGUGCAUGAACAAGUCCCAGAACUCCGGGUCCAGAGUGGUUUUCAUGCGUGGGCCUGAGCGCACAGUUAUCAUGCGUGAGGCGUGCUCCUUCCGUUUCUGAACACUCUUUACUCAGGUAAGGCCUGGCCAAGCCUCUGUGCACCCGCCGAAAUCUCUGCCUCCGUUCGACCCCUCCACAAAGCCUCUGGGCAGACAGCCAGGCCCACCGGCUCCCCAGGGAAGCAGAGGUGCCACUGGGGAGCCCACCUCGGAGCCACGCAUCCCGCACGGCACCACCCCUCUCCCCCGCCCUCAGGUGCUCUGAGGCCUCGCAGGCCCAGCUGCCAGGAGCCUCCACAGCUUGCUCUGGUCUUCGGCAUCCACCGUGGCAUCCCGGGUGUCGGGAGUACCUGCUGGCUUUCCACAGCACUCGGCUGAUAGCGUGGUCUGCCAUUCCGAAGCGGCCUGCAGCGUUCCUGCUGGUGCGGCCAUCUAGUAAGGAGCAAACACUAGCCUGAGGCCCAGCCCUCUGGGCAGCACUUCCUCUCCGUAGACUGUAGAAUCCCAGGACGCUUCGGUCUUGCCACCCACCCCUUUGGCCCGGCCAAGCAGGAGGCCUUGCACUGAUGGCGGCUUACCAAGCGGGGGUCACAUGCCCUCUGGGCGGCUUGGUCCUUUUUACUUUGUUUUCUCUUCCAACUCCAUGUACUUCCCCCACCCUCCUCCCCUCUAUCAUGAGAACUUUCCUCAAGACACAGGGAAAACCCUGGUAGCAGGCAGUGUCGAUGGCCAUCCACCCUUGCCACCUCAUCAUGCUCCUUGUGCACCCCCACCGCCGAGUGAAGCCGGCUCCGUGGCGCUGGCUGAGGCCUGCAGUUCCCGCCCAACAGGCAAACACUGGCGAGAGCUGCAAAGCAGGCAAGACCUGUCUCCACAGCCUCCGCGGGAGACUCGCAGCCGGGCCGGCGACCUGCCCAGGCCCCGGCUUGUUUGAGCCCCUGGGCUUCUGGAGAGAGAGUCUGUGGUGUGCUUCAUGGAGGAUGGCAGGGAGUUCAAAGACAGCAGGAAUUUACUGCAGAUGUGCUGCAGCCUCUGCUCCUGUGGGCGCGCCUUUCUGACCGGCGCAGCCCCAAGCGCUCGCCGAGCGCCGUGUGUGCAGGCAGUUCGUAUGCUUGCUGGGGCCUAAAAGAACCACCCACCGCACCACGUCCAGUCCCGUCCUGAUUUUUCUUACCUGAGAAGCAGCCAAUGUGGAGGGAGAGAGCGGUUCCUAAGCACCAAUAUCAACUUUAUUUGGACUCUUUUGUAACGAAGAAGGUAGUUUGGAAUUCCACUUAAAUUUUUCCAACAGCUGGAACUAUUGCACUAUCUGAAACACUGAAUCUGUAUUUUUAUAGCUGGUGUUCAUCAACACCUCGAUGGCUCUUGAUGGCUCUAAGAAGUUGUGGGGUUUUUUGUUUUCAUAGAUAACUUAUGUUUAAACGUGAUCAAAGGCUUUAUUAAAUUUGUAU